AUGAAACGUCGUGGCUUUGGCUCGCGCAAGCGGCUAGCGGCUCUCCCACACAGCAACAGUGGAACUCCGGGCUUUUCCGGUCACCCGGAGCGCUAUCUGUUUCUCCUUCUCUGCGUUGAAUGUCGAUCAGUUUAUGCGCUCCGUGUGCGGCUCGCUCCAGGAGAUGAUCGCACAGAUGUGGAGCUCAGCUGGAGUCAGGAGCGGAGGAGCUGUGGUUCAUCCAGAGACUCGAUCACUUCAGCGGGGCAGAUACUCGAGUCUGGAAACAGUCGUCAGGCAUUGGCUGAUCUCGCUCACUUCCGCACGGUUACCGCAGCGACGCGGGGCCUGACCAAUAGCAAGUGGGUUGCGUUUGGAGGCUCCUACCCAGGAUCCCUUGCAGCCUGGUUCCGUCUGAAGUACCCACACCUGGUGCACGCCUCCGUAGCGACCAGCGCACCCGUUCACGCCACUGUCAUCUUCCCAGAAUAUUUAGAGGUUGUGUGGCGAUCACUGGCGGUGGAAAACCCAGAGUGCCCUCUAGUGGUGAAGAAAGCAUCUGACAUGUUGGUAGAACGACUCAAUGACUCAAUGUCAGACUUUCUGCUGUCAUGCCAGGCUGUGUUUGGAAUGGACUACAAGGAACUAGUAUGGUACAAAUAAGCAAGAAAUCAG